AGAGACCAUAGUGAGUUCCAACGUUUGAUUGUGACGCUGCGCGGCGAGAGGGGGGAAGAGAGUUGUUCUCUUUCUUGUUGAUCUUAUUUGAUCUUCCUUUCUCCGAAAAAUUCCUUGGCGAUCCGCUGAGAGAUUUAUUUCGGCGCUGGGUUUCGAUGAGAGGCGCUGUCCAGAGCAGUGGCGGCGUGCUGGGCACGGCUCGAAAGAAUUUGUGGAGUUUUCUCAGCCUCCGGAGAAACCAGCAAACAGUUCUUGAGCAAGAGGUAUCGUCCCUCAAGGACGAAAUCCAUGGCGUAGAAAUCCGCGAAUCCACGCUUCAAGUCAGACUAGAUCAUUUGGAUUCAUUGCUGAGAUCGGCUGAGAUCGCUUGCUACUUGUUCACUCGAUUGAGAUGGGCACCGCUGCCUGGAGAAGAAGCUCCUCCGCUCGACGACUCGGACGUGAAUGACUGGGUGCAAAGAUUUCUCGUCUUCCAAAACUCCACCAUCGGAUUCUACCUCCGAGCAACCGACUUGAGGCCCCAAGUUACGAUCCAGAUGCACGAUAUCGUGGAAGCAGGAAAGAUUCCAGCUGACAAGCACCAUACAGGCGAUAAAAGCUGGUUUGCGUUUCAUGUCACAACGUGCUAUGGGCUCCGCCUCGAGUGUUCCACAUUACACGAGCACCAGCUGGACGCUUGGUUGCGAGCGCUCGCAAGUUUGAGCGAUGAUCAGCCAAUAUCAAACGAAGAACAUCAAGGAUCAUUGAAUGGCAAGUUUCCUGAAUUGUGACACGAGAUGUUCCUAUAUAUUUUUGUUUUUGUGAACCUUUACACUUGUGAGCCCAUGACGAAACAAAAUAAAAAGAAGAAUAUCUAUUGAAGGAA